GUUGGCCCCGACCGUGACUGAUUUCCGGCUGGUGGUUCCGCACCGGCCCCAGUAGACGUGUAACGGAAGGUGGGCCGCAGCCAUGGCUGAGAGGAAGCUUAACGGUGGCGGAGGCGUCGCUUCCACCUCCUCGUCGGGCACUAACUUACUUUUCUCCUCCUCGGCCACGGAGUUCAGCUUCAACGUGCCCUUUAUCCCAGUCACCCAGGCUGCCGCUGCCUCGGCCUCCCUGCUCUUGCCCGGAGAGGAUUCCACAGAUGUGGGUGAGGAGGACAGCUUCCUUGGUCAGACUUCUGCUCACACGUCUACCCCACAGACAUUUAGUUACUUCUCUCAGGUAUCAAGCAGUAGUGAUCCUUUUGGGAAUAUUGGACAGUCACCGUUAACAACUGCAGCAACAUCGGCUGGACAAUCAGCAUUCUCCAAGCCCCCAACUGCUCUCCCUUUUACAACCGGAUCCCAAGAUACGUCGAAUGCAUUUUCACCAUCCAUUUCGAAGGCUCAAUAUGGUGUUCCACCUGCUUCACAAGUGGGAGUAAAUACUUAUCUGCCUUCUCAGCCUAGUAGUCUCCCUCCUUCAAAUUUUGGGAGCCCACCCCAAGGAACGCCCCAACAGGGAUACAAUCCGUAUCGCCACACAGCUGUAAGCAGCAGGGCUAAUCCUUAUAUUGCACCACCACAGCUGCAGCAGUGCCAAGCACCGGCCCAUCCUACCCAUCCCCUGCCCUCUGGACCCCCUGUUCAGAUGUACCAGAUGCCUCCAGGAUCUUUGCCAUUGAUUCCUCCUUCAGUGCAGCCAGGGUUGUCCCCUCCAACCCAGCAGCAGGCACCUGCUAGACCUGCGGGUCCCUCUGUGCAAGCGUCAUCUCCUUUUCUACUUCAAAACCAAUAUGAACCUGUCCAACCCCACUGGUUUUACUGUAAGGAGAUAGAAUACAGACAACUCUGGAUGCCUUUCAGUGUGUUUGACUCUUUGAAUCUUGAAGAAAUCUAUAACUCAGUCCAGCCAGACCCUGAGAGUGUGGUUCUAGGCACUGACGGAGGGCGCUAUGACGUUUACCUCUAUGACCGGAUGAGGAAAGCCGUAUACUGGGAAGAGGAGCCAGCUGAAGUGAGACGCUGUACUUGGUUUUACAAAGGGGACACAGACAGCAGAUUUAUUCCCUAUACAGAGGAGUUCAGUGAAAAACUGGAGGCUGAAUAUAAAAAAGCUGUAACCACAAAUCAGUGGCACCGCAGAUUAGAGUUUCCGAGUGGGGAGACAAUUGUUAUGCACAAUCCAAAGGUUAUUGUUCAGUUCCAGCCCUCAUCAGUGCCAGAUGAGUGGGGGACCACACAAGACGGACAGACAAGGCCCAGGGUUGUAAAGCGUGGAGUUGAUGAUAACCUUGAUGAAAUUCCUGAUGGGGAAAUGCCUCCGGUUGACCAUGUGGUGUUCAUAGUGCAUGGCAUUGGACCUGUGUGUGACUUGCGCUUUAGAAGCAUUAUUGAAUGUGUGGAUGAUUUUAGGGUGGUUUCUCUCAAAUUGCUGCAGACACAUUUCAAGAAAUCUUUAGAUGAUCGGAAAGUAAGCAGAGUGGAAUUCCUUCCGGUUCAUUGGCAUAGUUCCUUGAGCGGGGAUGCCACGGGUGUUGACAGGAAUAUUAAGAAAAUCACUUUACCAAGUAUUGGUCGGUUUCGUCACUUUACUAAUGAAACCUUGCUAGACAUUUUAUUUUACAAUAGCCCCAUCUACUGUCAGAGGAUUGUGGAGAAAGUGGGAUUGGAGAUAAACCGUCUGUAUGCGCUCUUCAUGAGUCGGAACCCAGACUUCAAAGGAGGGGUCUCUGUUGCUGGUCACAGUUUAGGUUCUUUAAUAUUGUUUGACAUCCUGUCUAAUCAAAAAGAUUUGAAUUUAUCAAAGUCUCCUGGGCCUUUAGCUGUUGCUAAUGGAGUUGUGAAGCAGCCACAUUUUCAGGAAAAGCAGAUACCUGAAGAGCCAAAGCUGACGUUGGAUGAGUCUUGUGACCUUGAUGUUGAAAAUGAAGAAGUCCUGACUUUGCAAGAAACUCUGGAAGCACUUAGCCUCUCUGAAUACGUUAGCACUUUUGAAAAGGAAAAGAUUGAUAUGGAAUCUCUGCUUAUGUGUACAGUGGAUGACCUGAAGGAAAUGGGGAUACCCCUUGGACCCAGGAAGAAGAUAGCUAACUUCGUAAAACAUAAAGCAGUCAAACUGGAACAGAAAAAAGCAUCAGAAAAGAAGGCAGUGAUGGCUGCUUCGACAAAAGCACAAGAGGAAAGUGCUCAGAAAGCUAAAGAAAUGGCUUCUCCUCCCUCAGAAUCUAAUGAGUCCAAGAGGAAACUCCCACUCGGAGUUUGCGUUUCUUCUGUGCAUGUUGAUUAUGAGUCUUUUGAAGUUGGCACUGGACAGGUUUCUGUUGUUUACAACUCCUUAGACUUUGAACCAGAGAUUUUCUUUGCCUUGGGAUCUCCAAUUGGUAUGUUUCUCACUAUUCGAGGAGUGGAUAGUAUAGAUGAGAACUACAGGCUUCCUACCUGCAAAGGGUUCUUCAAUAUUUAUCAUCCACUUGAUCCAGUGGCAUAUAGAUUAGAACCUAUGAUUGUACCGGAUUUGGACCUAAAAGCAGUUCUCAUUCCACAUCACAAAGGCAGAAAAAGACUUCAUUUAGAGUUGAAAGAAAGUCUCUCUCGUAUGGGAUCUGAUUUGAAGCAGGGUUUCAUUAGCUCUCUGAAAAGUGCUUGGCAGACAUUAAAUGAGUUUGCCCGUGCUCAUACCUCUUCAACUCAGCUGCAAGAAGAAUUGGAGAAGGUAGCCAAUCAAAUCAAAGAAGAAGAAGAAAAGCAAGUAGUUGAAGCAGAAAAGACUGUUGAAAGUCCAGAUUUUUCCAAGGAUGAGGACUACUUAGGAAAGGUUGGAAUGUUAAACGGAGGCCGCCGAAUUGACUACGUUCUUCAAGAAAAGCCAAUAGAGAGUUUUAAUGAAUAUCUUUUCGCUCUUCAGAGUCACUUAUGCUAUUGGGAAUCUGAAGAUACCGCCCUGUUAUUACUUAAAGAAAUUUAUCGAACAAUGAGCAUUAGUCCAGAACAGCCCCAGCAUUGAUUGGACUUCAGCUUCACAGU